AUUUUGUCCAAACCAUCCUUUCCUUUCGAUCUCUCUUCUUCUUCUUCUUCUUCUUCUUCUUCUUCCUGUUCUAGUCUACUCUUUCCCCUAUUUUCCGCCAUUAAAGAUAAAAAUUUGAGAGGAAAAAAUCAAACAAUUAGAACAAUUUGAUCGGAGAAAUGGAGAAUUCGGAAGAUAACACACCGAAUCUACACAGUCAAACAACUGGAUCUGUGGCGCCGGCCAACAUCGAGACCCAACCAUCGUCGUAUAGGUCGAUCAUCCAUAGAUGGCGAAGAGAAGAUUUAUUGAAGAAAGGUCAGGUGGUGUUAAGGACGUCAGGUUUACUCUUCUCAUUGCUUUCGUUUAUAAUCAUGGCUGCUAACAAGCACGGCAACGGUUGGGAGAAUUUCGAUAAAUAUGAAGAAUAUAGGUAUUUGUUAGCAAUUGCCCUACUUUCAACUCUUUAUACGAUAGCUCAGGUUUUGCGCCAAAUUCACGAAUUUUCUACCGGGAAAUACAUUUUAUCGCUGCGGGGAUUGAACUAUCUGGACUUCAUUGGCGAUCAGAUCAUGGCCUACUUGUUGGUGUCUGCGGCAUCAACAGCAGUUCCAUUGACGAAUAGAAUGAGAGAAGGGGCAGAUAAUAUAUUCACAGACUCAUCUUCGGCUUCAAUAAGUAUGGCUUUCUUGGCCUUUGUGGUGGUGGCGUCGUCGGCUCUAAUAUCUGGAUAUAAGCUCUCUACUCAAACAUAUAUCUGAGAUCUCUUCUUCUUCUUCAUCUUCGAUCAUUCUUUGCUCAGAUAAAGGUUCUUGUCACGUCACUGUGAUUGUGGUUUUUAUCUCAUUAUAUAUAUUCCAUUUUGUAUAUUAUUAAAUAUUUUUGUUUUUGCCCUUUUGUGCUUGUGUAUAUUCUUUUGAGAAACUUGAGAGAUUGUUAAAUUCUUUUGGAGAGUGUUAAGGGGCGCUUGCGGAGUCUUUGGAAUGGUUUCUUAAACAUUCCCUUCGUGGGUUGUGUUUAUAAAUUUAUGAUGUUUGUAUUGGUUCAUUUAUC